CAUGGCUAGCAUGACAGCAACAUGGAACAAAAGUCUUCAAAGGACUUAUUGAAUAGUGCCUACAAUUUCUGUCGUGAGGUGUGUGCUUGUAGAAACCCCCCGAAUUGUAUACGACUUUCGAUAUGUCCGGACUUGUUGCCUUGGACACCUUUGACGAAGAAGGUACUAAGUACAUGCGCGAGGUAUUUCCAGAUGUGAUAGAGCCUGGUAGUCAUUUGCACGCUUCAUGGCCUCAACAUGCUGUCGGCCUCUUUGUUGCGAAGAGCAAAGUGACUGCAGACAUCAUCCGCAGCACGAAGAAACUCAAGUUCAUUGUCAGACAUGGUGCUGGCUACGACAAUAUCGAUGUCGGGGCUUGUAAGCAGAAAGGCAUCGUCCUAUGCAAUCUUCCAGGAAUCAGUGCUAUGAGCGUAGCAGAAUUAACGCUUGCCCUUACGGGUGCAUGUGCGAAAAACCUGGUUGAGGUGUCGAGACAGAUUCGAGCGGGAGAGAAAUUGAACAAAAGAUACAAAAGUCUUUAUUCUGCAAGUUUACUCACGGGCAAGACCUUUGGCAUCGUUGGUGGUGGACACAUAGGGCAGCUCACGGCCAAAAAAUUCGUUGGUGCUUUCGACGGCAAGAUCUUCUUGUAUGACCCUUACAUCCCAGGACUUGGCUCGAUUUGGGACUCGAUUCCUCAUGUACGGGUACAUUCGGUGGAAGAAAUGGCCCCUCUGGUAGAUGUGAUGUCGUUACAUGUGCCGCUGCUCCCGAGCACCCGGGAUAUGAUCACAUUUUCGCUACUUCAGAAGAUGAAGUCCACGGCCAUUCUCAUCAAUGUUGCGCGGGGUGGGGUUGUCAAGGAAGAAGAUCUCUGGAGAGCCUUGAAACUAGGGGUGAUUGCAUCUGCCGGAGUGGAUGCUUGGGUGAAUGAACCGCCCACGAGAGAAGUGUAUGGGAGCAUAUUAGAUCUGGAGAACCUGGUGAUGAGUCCUCAUAUUGGAGGUUCUCCUGCCGAAGUACAAACUGCCACUUGUAUAAGCAUGGUGGAUCAUAUGAAGGAGCUACUUGAUGGUAAGGCGCCUAGAGAUAGAGUGGCAUGAUGAACAGAACAUGUCUGCAUGUUCAUGGAUACCACAAAAAGCACUGG